AUGGCGGAAGUCGACAUCAAUCCAAGCUUUGGCGCCGAGCUGAAGGAUGGCUUCAAAACCGUGAACGCUUGGGUGGGCAACGGAAUUCUCUGGCUCGAUGAUAUACAACAGUUCUACCGGGAGAGGUCGGUGAUCGAGAAGGAGUAUGCGGGCAAGCUCAGUGCCCUCGCGAAGAAGUACUUCGAGAAGAAGGCCCGGAAGUCAAGCAGCAUGAGCGUUGGAGACACCCCAACCGUGACUCCUGGCUCGUUGGAAAGCGCAUCGAUGACCACCUGGACGGUUCAACUGACGACGCUCGAACAACGGGCGGCCGAACACGACCGAUUCUCGACACAACUCGUUGGCCACGUGGCGGAUGUGCUCAAGGCAUUGCAGAUGCGCUAUGAGGAUCUCCGAAAGGCCCAUACUGAGUAUGCGGCGAAACUGGAGAAAGAGCGAGAUGCGUCCUAUGCCGACCUGCGGAAAACGAAAGGCAAAUAUGACUCGGUCUGUCAGGAGGUUGAGAACCGGAGGAAAAAGACGGAUAGCGCAUUCGACUACGGAAAAUCGAAAGCGACGGUGGCAUUCCAGCAGCAACAGGCAGAGAUGCACAACGUCAAAAACACCUAUAUCAUAAAUAUAAACGUGACCAACAGGCAAAAGGAACGAUACUACAACGAAUAUGUCCCGGAAUUAUUGGAUAGCAUGCAAGGCCUUUCAGAGACUCGAGUCGCGAAACUUAACUCAAUCUGGUCCCUUGCGGCUCGAAUAGAACACGAAGUGAUGACUCGAAGUACAUCCUAUCUUGACCAUCUCUCAUCCGAAAUCCCUCGCAACAACCCCGCCCUUGACUCGAUGAUGUUCGUGCGACACAACGCCGCUCCCUGGGCGGAACCCGGCGAUGCCGUCUUCGAACCCUCGCCUGUAUGGCAUGACGAUUCGUCCAUCAUGACCGACGAGACCGCGAAGAACUUCCUCCGCAAUGUGCUCACGAAAAGCAAAGGGCAGCUUUCGGACUUGCGGAGGGAUAUCGACCGGCAGAAACGAGAAAUCGAAGGGGCGCGGAGAGUAAGAUCGAACAUUCGAGAAGGCAAGGAUAACAGAGAUGAGGUCGAGGUGGUCCGAGCCAUAUUCACAUUGCAGGAGAACCUGCAUGAAGUGCAACGGCAGCUGGUCACGGCGGAGACGGAGAUCACGACAAUAACGAACGUGGUGGGAGACGUAAGCAUCGGGGCGCGCAAUCAUGACUUCAAAGGGGAAACAUUCAAGAUCCCAACAAACUGCGAUUUCUGCGGCGAACGCAUCUGGGGGCUCUCAGCGAAGGGGUUUACUUGUCGCGACUGCGGCUUCACGUGCCAUAGCAAGUGUCAAAUGAAGGCUCCUGCCGACUGCCCAGGGGAGCAAUCCAAGGAGGAUAAGAAGAGAUUAAAGACCGAGCGACAAGAGGCCGCUCAUGUACUAGAUGGGAGUCGCACGAACGGUUCCGUCUCGGCCUCCCCAUCGGUGCCAGAGCUACCGGGCAAUAUGCCUGGUGUGAGCCGCACGGGCACCGUUACCUCACUCAACACGCUGAGUUCGGGGUAUUCGGCCCAAGGGCAACGAAGUGUGUCCACCAGCAGCGUCGUGCCAGAGAUGGAAGGGGACACGCCCGCGUCAAGCAUGGUUGAGAAAGACUCGACCGUGAAGGCUUCGAAGCCUGCUGCCGGUCGACGGCGCAUCCUGGCUCCUCCACCAACCGCAUAUGCCGGCGACAGCGGCGGGGAUGGCGCGAGCGACAGGCAGCAGAAAGGCAAGAUGAUGUACGCCUACGUCGCUAACGGCGAGGGGGAGAUCAGCGUCCAGGAAGGCGACCCGGUCGUCCUUGUCGGGCCCGAUGACGGCUCCGGCUGGACGAAAAUCAAAUGCAACCUCUCCACCGGCCUCGUUCCCACCUCCUACAUCGACCUCCACCCCCAGCCCCCAUCCGCCGUCAGCGCCAUGCUUGCCGCCCCCGAGCGGCCCGGCAGCGCGUAUUCCAACUCCUCCGCGUCCCUCACCUCCAGUGCACCCGCCGCGAAGAAAAAAGGCCCCGUCGUGGCCCCGCGAAGGGGGGCGAAGAAGCUGAAGUACGCGGAGGCGUUGUACGACUACGAGUCGCGGAGCGAGGCGGAGCACUCGAUCGCGGAAGGGGAGCGGUUUGUUUUGAUUAGUAAGGAUAGUGGGGAUGGGUGGGCGGAUGUGGAGAAGGGGGGGGUGGUUAAAAGCGUGCCGGCGAACUACAUCCAGGAGAUGUAG